AUGAGACUUAGGGAAAAAAAGAAAGUCUGUUAUAUCGAAAGCCCAACAGUGACGGAUUCCUCUGGUUCGGAAUACCAAGAUAAACCUAAGAAGAUCAAAACGAAUAAAGAAACGAAAAUAAGAAGUUCUAGCUCUCCAGCCGGAAGUUUAAGUAGUUCCCAGUCAAGUAUUCCACGACAAACACCGGAUUUGGUAACAGACAGUGAUGAUAUAGUCGAGCAGGUGCAGAUGUCAAAGGAGGAUUUUAAUAAGUUCACAAAGGCAUUCCAAAAACUUGAAAAUACAAAAAAAUGGGUAUUAACAUCUGGGAAGGUUGUUGAAGAUGAGUUAUACAAGUUUGGCAUGAGAUGCAAUUAUGAACAGGAUUUUGACAGGGAUUGGAUAAGGAACACCGUUGACAAUUUUAUUCGUGAAUAUGAAGCAGACAGCCUAAAAAAAGGAGAUCAUUUAGAAGAAUGGUUACUGUCACAUGUAUGGUUGUUCAUAGACAAGGCGUUUGGGAACAUAGAAGGUGUCGAAGUAAUUAGAGAUCGAAAUGUUCCAUCUGUGAGCUCGAUGCCAAGGAAGAUCAUGGGCAGGAAGGGAGAUUUGAUAAUUCGUUGCAUGUAUAGGGAAUAUGGAUGCGGAGAAGCGGAUGAUGAACGAUCGAAAGAAAAAAAAGUCAGAAAGCUUGAGACUAUCGGAUUCAUUCAUGCAGGACUUUCUGUACUAUUGCUCAGAUUAGAUUCUCCGGCAGGAUAUGUUAGUAGAAUCUCUCGUUCUAAAAUGCUGACCAUCCCAUCAAAUAUCAGUGAGUUUUAUAAAGGAGUUCUUCCAGCCAUUAUACUUGCGUGGAAGGCAAAGAAAAUCGUUAGCAAUGUCAUUGAGAUGAUGAAUGAAAAUGACGAGGAAAAUCCACUCCAGGCCCUCCAACAAUCAUGCGAGAACACAUCAAUUCUUUCUCCUCCACGGCAUGUAAUUUGUCGCACAACCAGUUUUGAUACUCCAAGUAGUAAGGAUAAAAAAG